AGCCCUUGCAUUUGCAUUUGCCCAAGAAGAAUGAAGAACGAGUAAUACUCGAAACAUCUCUCCAGUCAACCCCAAGUUCGCUCUCUCUUUCAAGGGAACUGGCUCCUCAAAAUGCACCAUUCCCAAUUAGCGCCACUGCCUAUCGACCUGCCAUUUCGCAUUGUCUCAAAGACAUUCGGUCAGGGCGCUUAUGCUUGUCUUAAAAAAGCGUGUCCACUGAACGCCGACACUCCGGUCUUCGCGGUCAAGUUCAUUAACAAAGACUACGCCGCUCGCCAUGGCAAAAUAAGUCCACGACAAUUGCUCAUGGAAGCUACAGUACACAAACAUAUCGGCGACCAUAAUAACAUCAUAUCUUUCUUCCAGACCGGAGAGGAUGGCGCAUGGCGAUGGAUUGCAAUGGAGCUAGCAGACGGAGGGGACCUUUUCGAUAAAAUCGAGGCGGACGAAGGCGUCAGCGAGGAUAUAGGACAUGUCUAUUUCACCCAGCUUAUAAGUGCGGUAGGAUAUAUGCACUCAAAGGGCGUCGGACAUCGAGAUAUCAAACCGGAAAAUAUCCUCUUGACCGCGGAUGGAAACCUGAAGAUCGCAGAUUUCGGUCUCGCAACGCUAUUUGAGUACAAAGGGGGCACGAAACUGUCCACCACCUUCUGUGGUAGCCCUCCAUACAUCGCGCCAGAGGUUAUCACCUGUAGCUCUCGAAAUCAGACUAAAGGGCCCGGAUACCGCCCUGACGUGGCAGACAUCUGGUCGUGUGGCAUUGUCCUUUUUGUCCUUCUCGCCGGAAAUACACCUUGGGAUAGCCCGACAGAGGAUAGCUAUGAAUUUCACGAAUAUGUUAUGACUAACGCCCGCACAUCUGACGAAUUGUGGCAGAAAUUGCCCACCGCAACUCUCUCAUUACUGCGCGGCAUGCUGAACAUUGACGCCCAGGCUAGGUUUUCUCUAGAAGAUGUCCGGCGGCAUCCCUGGUUCACGCGCCAGAACAAACACCUCGCCCCAGACGGCAGACUGCGAGACCCUAUCAAGGUUGCAACGUCUAUGUUUGAGUCUCUUCAUAUUGACUUGUCUCAAUCCGUCUCCCGCCCCUUGAAAGGCGGCAGCUUCGGCCCAGAUCGAAUGGACGUGGAUAUUGGCGACGAUCUAGGUGCCGAGCAUAGGAUUUCAUCCACGCAGCCAGAAGUACCGAGAGGCGACAUGCUAAUCGACUGGGACACGCCGCAUCUCACGGACGUCUUCUCCUCGAGCCAACCAACGAACAACCCACGCCCACCAUCCAGCAGCCUCACGCCCGAAAUCCUCGAAGACGAGCCCUCGUUUUCACAGUUCUCACAACGGCCAUCUGUGCCCAUGAGCCGAACUCAGAACGCCCAGCGCUUCCACGAUAUCGUUCCCUCCCGCUCCCUCACCCGCUUCUUUUCGACGUGGGAACUCAAGCUCCUCGUCCCGCUUAUCUGCGAGGCGCUACAUCGCCUUGGUGUCCCGGUUCCCGCUGUUCCUGCCGUAUCGCCCGGUGACAAUUCGGCUAUGAUUAGAGUGAUCACGAGAGAUGGCAGAAUGUGUCCUCUUCAUGGAAAGGUGCUUGUUGAAUGUGUUUCCGAGGGCCUCUUCGAGAUUGAGUUCAUGAAAGGAAAGGGGGAUCCGCUUGAAUGGCGAAGGUUCUUCAAGAAAGUGGUGCUACUUUGCAAGGAUGCAGUUUACACACCUGAUUCUUGA